AUGAAGAUUUUUUCAAUUGAAGAUUCAUCUAAUCAAGGGUAUUCUAAUCUAAAUCAAAAUGAUGAUAAAAUUCGAUGUGGAAAAACAUGUCUUGCUUCAAUCGGUUCUGCUUGUGUUGUAAUUGUUGUCGGUUCUGCUUUUGCAAUUUUUCGAUUUCAAAAGAAACAUUCACGUCAAAAAACCGGUGAUCUCGAAGAAAUUGUAACUGUGAAAUAUGAAGAUGCGAAUCCUUCUUUUGAAACGAUAAACACUCAACCUGUUUUCCAAAAUACUCAAGCUGCACAAGAUCAUACAAAAGCUACGUAAAGAAAUAGUAUAACGGUUAUAACGCGUAUGAUUUUAAAAAAAUUUUAAAAAAAUUUAAAAAUGUAAAUAGUAAAUAAUGUAUAUAGUUUUGAUCUCCUAUAAUGUAAAAAAUUUGAAUAUCCUUUUAGUGCACGUGUACUGUACAUAGCGGCUAA